AUGGAUAUUCAGCAUAUUGUCGAGAAAGAGAGUGAAAUGUCAGGAAGUGUGUCCCUAAUGUAUCAAAUCGUUAAAAUCGUCCGAACUAGAAUAGCUACAACUUUGGGUCUACAUAGUCUUCAACAUGGAAUUAAAGUUUUCGAAUUUCUGUCCAAUGCUAAUGAUGCUUGCAAUAAACAGAAGGUGAAGUUCCACUCUCCAAACCUUUCACCAAUGAGACUGGUUCAUGCAGAUUACACUUGCAACACCAGAAUUGAACUAGAUCGUUACACCACAAAUAGUCUUGAACUUUUCGAGGAAACUUUACUUUAA